AUGCAGGUCCCCGGCCCCAGCCUGCGCGAGGCAGCCUCCAUGUACGGCACGGCCGUGGCCGUCUUCCUGGUCAUCCUGGUGGCCGCGCUGCAGGGCUCGACACCCCCCGAGAGCCCCUUCCCCUACCACAUCCCCCUGGACCCCGAGGGGACCCUGGAGCUGUCCUGGAAUGUUAGCUACGUGCAGGAGACGGUUCACUUCCAGCUCCUGGUGCGGGAGCUCAAGGCCGGCGUCCUGUUCGGGAUGUCGGACCGCGGCGAGUUGGAGAACGCAGACCUGGCCGUGCUCUGGACUGAUGGGGACAGCGCCUAUUUUGGGGAUGCCUGGAGUGACCAGAAAGGCCAGAUCCACCUGGAUUCCCAGCAGGAUUACCAGCUGCUGCGGGCACAGAGGACCCCGGAAGGCCUGUCCCUGCUUUUCAAGAGGCCCUUUGGCACCUGUGACCCCAAGGAUUACUUCAUCGAGGACGGCACAGUCCACUUGGUGUACGGGAUCCUGGAGGAGCCGGUCCGGUCCCUGGAGGCCAUCAACACCUCGGGCCUGCAGACGGGGCUGCAGAGGGUGCAGCUGCUGAAACCCAACAUCUCCGUGCCGGCGCUGCCCGCGGACCUGCAGACCAUGGAGAUCCGCGCCCCGGACAUCCUGGUCCCCGGCCAGGAGACCACGUACUGGUGCUACAUCACCGAGCUCCCGGAGGGCUUCUCCCGGCACCACAUCGUCAUGUACGAGCCCAUUGUCACCGCGGGCAACGAGGCCCUGGUGCACCACAUGGAGGUCUUCCAGUGCGCCGCGGAGUUCGAGAGCUUCCCCGCUUUCAGCGGGCCCUGCGACUCCAAGAUGAAGCCGGAGCGCCUCAACUACUGCCGCCACGUGCUCGCCGCCUGGGCCCUGGGCGCCAAGGCCUUCUACUACCCAGAGGAAGCUGGCCUUGCUUUUGGGGGCCCCGGGUCCUCCCGAUUUCUCCGCCUGGAAGUUCACUAUCACAACCCGCUGAUGAUAACAGGCCGACGGGACUCCUCGGGCAUCCGCCUCUACUACACGGCCACGCUGCGGCGCUUCGAUGCGGGGAUCAUGGAGCUGGGCCUGGUGUACACGCCCGUGAUGGCCAUCCCCCCGCAGGAGCCGGCCUUCGUCCUCACGGGCUACUGCACGGACAAGUGCACCCAGCUGGCUCUGCCUCCCUCUGGGAUCCACAUCUUCGCCUCACAGCUCCACACGCACCUGACAGGCAGGAAGGUGGUCACGGUGCUGGCCCGCGGCGGCCGCGAGAGGGAGGUGGUGAACAGAGACGACCACUACAGCCCCCACUUCCAGGAGAUCCGCAUGCUCAAGAAGGUCGUGUCUGUCCUCCCGGGAGACGUGCUCAUCACCUCGUGCACAUACAACACGGAAGACCGGAAGCUGGCCACCGUGGGGGGCUUUGGGAUCCUGGAGGAGAUGUGUGUCAAUUACCUACACUACUACCCCCAGACGCAGCUGGAGCUCUGCAAGAGCGCCGUGGACCCUGGCUUCCUGCAGAAGUAUUUCCACCUUGUCAACAGGUUCGACAGCGAGCAAGUCUGCACCUGCCCUCAGGCCACCGUCCCCGAGCAGUUUGCCUCUGUGCCCUGGAACUCGUUCAACCGCCAAGUGCUCAGGGCCUUGUACGGCUUCGCCCCCAUCUCCAUGCACUGCAACAAGUCCUCGGCCGUGCGCUUCCAGGGUGAGUGGAACCUGCAGCCCCUGCCCGAAAUCACCUCCAAGCUGGAAGAGCCUGCCCCACACUGCCCACCCGGCCGGGGUCAGAGCCCCGUGGGCCCCACCGUGGUCAGCAUCGGUGGGGGCAAAGGGUGAGUGGGGGCUGUGUCCUCGCCCCUCCUCCACACCGUCCCUGUGGGCUCACGCCAGCUCUGUGCACCCCCCUUCUGCAAAGACCCCAUGGAAGAGCUCUGUGUGCCUGGGGCUGGACCAAGACCCUGCCUCAAACCAAGGUCCAUUCCAGCCUCCUCCCCCGGGGGCCCCCUGCAUGGCUGAGAGGGGCCCAUGACAGCUCCCUGUUGGGCCACCGAGGACUGGGCAGACCAAAACCCUCGCACACCGUUUUGACCCAGCGGAGGGACAACACCCCCUCGGAAGUCUGGAGUCCUGUGCCCUAAACGCCCUGCCACCUCGCUGCGGGGGGAGGGGGCAGCCUCCUGGGACACAAGCCACGUCUGGCCUCGGGCACACUCCCCCGCGCCAGCCCCGCGUCCCAGCCUCUGCUGAUGGCGAUCCGUGUUGGUGCGACGGGUGCAAGUGCUACUUAAACAUGUCCCUGCCGACUGGCUCGUUUGUCGCAGUGGGCGUCUUCCCUGCCGACGGAGGCAGGACAAGCCAUUUAGCUAGUUAGAGACUUGCCUGGGAAAUUGCUCCGUUGCAGGGUAAAUAGAUAUUUUCGCCUACCUAACGGGAAAUCCUAACGACAGCUUUCUCCACCACCCAAAGAUGCCACGGCAAAGCUCCAGACAAGGAUCUGGGCGCCAGCGCCUCGGGGAAUGGGGUUAUCAGCCUGGGGUUACCUGUCCGCAGUGGGACAGGCUAGGAUAGGGCCCGUGGGCCCCGGAGUCCAGACCCAUGUUAGAAGCCCAGCCCCACCUCCCUGACCCUCUGUCUUCGCAUCCAUAAGACGGGGCCACUGCAGUAUGGGUCGCAUAGACAAUAAAGCUCACACAGGGGGCCAGCGAC